AUGUCAGACUUGAUAAAGGUUACACAAUGUGAUGUAGAAGAUGCUCAUGCAAAUGCCGACCAAGAAGUGAUAUAUACAAAAUUGAUAUCGGAAGCCAGAUAUCAACGGGAUCCCCAAACCGGCAAGACAUUGAGACCUUGGAGAUUUGAAGUUGUGCAGGGCAUGUUUAAACAAUCAGAUGAGUCUACUGAUGAACUGAGCUUUGACCUGCUCAGAAAAAACUUUGGGCUGGCUGUGAGCUCUUGGACUGCACUCAAAGUCAAACUCCAUCAACUAAAUCUUGAUAAAAAGCCGAAUGAGUCAUACAAGCUUCUUAUAUGUGCUCGGCAUGGUCAAGGUUACCACAAUGAAGCAGUCUCAAUCUUCGGUAUCGAAGAGUGGAAUAAUCACUGGUCUCAUCGCACCGGCACCACUUUACCAGAUGGAAGAGAAAUUGUAUGGGGACCAGACCCGAUGUUGACACCCUUGGGUGAGAGACAGGCAGAUGAGUUGAAUAAAGCAUGGAAGAGACAAAUUGAGCACGGAGCACCAAUUCCUACCAGAUAUUUCAGCUCACCAUUUAGCCGGUCUUGCAUGACACUGGUUCGCACCUGGAAAGACAUUUCUAUUUGUGAAGAAAAUGAAGAUCCGACUCAACUCCUUUCCUCCAAAAGACAUUUACCUAUCGUCACGGAAAAUUUAAGAGAAACCAUAGGCUCUCAUCUAUGUGAUAAGAGGUCCCCAAAAAGAAUAAUUGCUCAAAGAUUUUCCAAAUUUGGUUUUACUUUUGAAAAAGGAUUUCAGGAAGAAGACAUUUAUUAUAGAGACGACUGGAGAGAAUCUUUGAGCGAACAAAGCCUUCGAGCUGAUGCAUUCUUGCAAGACGUAUUUGAGAAUUAUCCUGACGAUGUCUAUAUCAGUUCAACCUCACAUGCUGGGGAAAUUCGUGCUAUAAUCACAGCUUUGGGUCACAGAAAAUUUGCGAUCCCCACAGCCGGUACCAUACCAAUAGUUGUCAAAGGAACCCGAAUUCAAGAAGAACUGGUUGCUUGA